UCCUCACGGGGGCAGUGGUGUAACGUGAUCAUUUUCUCAUGUGUCCUUCCUUUCCUUCUCCAAAAAACAUGGCGGCUCCCAUGGCUCUCAGGCGAGAGAUUGUUUCUCUGGCAAGGAUUCUCACAGGAAUCUCACAUUUGGGACCAACAGCUUUGGUCGCCCGUUCGAGUCACAAGAAAUAUAAUGUUAUAAGGUCCCAUCUUCCAUUGACGCCCAGCACUUCCUUCCACACGGCAACAGUGUUCUCAUCAGUACCUUUAUCAAUCACUGUCACAGAAGAGCCUGAUGCGCUGUUUCAGAAGGUGUCAAUUCUGGUCAAAGGACAUGACACGGCCGUCCUGGACAGCUACAAGUUUUUUGCCACCAUGGCAGCUGAAGAGCUCGGUAUCACCGUCAGCAAAGUUUAUGAACCUGCCAAGGAGAUAGACAGAUUCACACUCCUGAAGUCAGUACACAUCUUCAAAAAACACAGGGUCCAGUAUGAGAUGAGGACACACUACCAGUGCAUUGAGUUGUCUCAUAUUACUGGCUGCACAGCACAGGCAUACCUCGAAUACAUCCAGAGGAACCUCCCUGAAGGAGUCGCCAUGGAGGUGACAAAGACUGCCAUGGAGAAAGUUCCAGAUCACAUCCUGGAACCCAUGUGGAAGGACCACCCCAUAGAGGACAAGCCCAGCCAGUGAAUGAAGGGAUGAACAACAGGAGCUUAUUGGAUGUUUUUUCUCAAACAGCAGUGAAUAUGCUGGGGAGUGAUACAAAAUGCAAUGCUAUUAAACACAAACUCCUGAAUUGCUUAAAUAUAUUUUAAGAGACAUUAUCAAACAAAGCCUGAAAUGAAAAAUGUCCUUCAGAUAUGUCCCGAUGUGUUGUCACGUGUCUUUAUGCACUCGUCGUUUUGUUGUCAUCGUCUGAUGGCUAAACAAUGUCAAAUCACUUGUAUGUUUCUUUUCCCAUUAAAUAACCUUUUGCAUUUA